AAUCUUGGAAAGAGAGCGUAAAGAAAGAGAGAGAGAGAGAGAGAGAGAGAAGAUUUUAAUAAUUGAGUUUUUAAGGUUUUAAGAUUUUAAGACUUCGUUUGAUUGAUAACCACACAAUAAUACCCUCCAAAAAUCUAUUUCUCCUUCUUCUUCCAGCCUUGACAGCCUAUUAAAUACUUGGGUUUCUUCUUCUUUUGUUUUUGCACACAACCUGUUUGAUUAUUUGCCCAAGAGAAGGAUUGAGGGGGAUUGAGGGCUCUGUGGGUGGUGGUGAAGGAUUUGAUGGUCCUUUAUUGAAGAAGACGACAUCUUUUCGAGGUGAGAAGGAAGGACCCCAAAUUCUUCAUCAUUUUCAUCAUCAUCCUCAAAUCCCAUCUCUUUCUUUUAUCUCUUCUUCUUCUUUGCCACUAAUCCAAGAUCUCUCCCUGUCCCUGUCUCUUGUGUCAUUUCUAAAUUUCUUACAAUUUUAAGGUGUUGGGUGCACCUAAUUGUGGCUUCUUAUAUAUCUCAACAACCCCGAUCUGUUUUUCCACCUUAUUCCUUUGGUUUAAAUCUUUAUUAAGAAACAAAAUCAGAGAUUUUGGAGAUAUGGGUCAUUGCAUCUAGACUCUUUAGAUUCAUUAUCCUUAAUUUUUUUGGGAUUCCAGGUGUCAGAAAACCACAAUAGAUUUGAGACUGCCCCACCCAAUCGACAAGCUUCAAUCGUGGGUUCAUCCAAUAGAACCUAUUUAACUCAUCUCCCCUGAUUUUUAUUUGAAUGACAGCUUGGUUUUGGCUUCUGUACGAUUGAAUGCUUUAAAGGAAGAAAGAUUGAGAGCUGAAGAAGCUGUACUAACUCGCUUUUGGUUCCUGGAUUGAUUAAGCCAAAUUUCCCCACCAAAGUUUGUCUUUUGAGGUGGCUUAAGGCAUUUCUAGUUUGCUCUGUUCGAAGCUUUGACGAGGAGGCCCACCGUUGGGGUUGGUGGGCUUCUUUCAACCAAUUAAAACCCACAUUUGAAAGGUGCCUAAGGUUUCCAUAACUUACUUUUUUUUUUCUCUUUCUUAAUGAUAUAGGAGAUAGAAGUAAAAGGGAUUUUCUUUCUGUAUUAUUCCCUUUAUUAACCAUUUGUAUUUCCUCAAUUGGUUCCUUCAUUGAUCCUUUCUCCUAUCUUUUAUUGCUAAAUCCAUUUUUUUAUCCAUAAGAUAAUACAUCUUUUGUGAUGCUUCUUUGUUUCUUCCUCACAUGUAUUUCCUUCAUUCUCUUUUUAAAGUCCCUCUCUCUCAAACCUCUCCCACUAUGGGCAGGUGAGAUGAGGUUCUUGUCCCACUGGUUCUGGAAAGAAUUAUCACUCUUUCCUAUCUACAAGGUGAUCAAGAAUAGUCUUUGUACUUAUACUUUUUGUAUUUCAUCCAAGAUGUCCUUCAAGAAGAAAUAUCUUUCAAAAGUAGAGAAUGUUGAGGAAAGUGCUGAGAUGUCGGUGUUGGACUUGCCAGAAUUGGCCUUAGAAUGCAUUCUAGAGAAACUUCCACCUGAUGCUCUUUGUAGUAUGGCGGGUGUUUGUAGUUCAUUGAGAGAGAGAUGUAUAAGUGACCAUCUCUGGGAGAAGCACAUGAAGAGAAAAUGGGGUAAAGUUAUUGGUCAAGCUGCUUACAGAGAGUGGCAAUGGCAUCUUGCUUCUAGAGCGGGUGAGAGUAACCUCAAGCAGAACAAACAGAAGAGCUUAAUUAGACUUUUUUCUUUUGGUUGGUCUCUUUCAUGGAUUAGAUCAAAGGUUAAUGACAAUAACAACACGCCACGGAAUUUUCUACCAGUCGAUUCCAUCAUGGCUUGGUAUCUUGCCCUUGAGACUGGCAGAUUUUGGUUCCCGGCUCAGGUCUAUAACCGCGAGAAUGGCCAUGUUGGUUUCAUGUUGUCUUGUUAUGAUGCGGAGCUGUGCUAUGAUCUCCGCACGGACACCUUCCAAGCAAGGUAUCCUCCACAUGGUAGGCGAGCAAUCGCAAUCGAGAAUGGUGUGCAAUGGGAGAGGCUUAGAUCACCGCCCAUCGAUACUCCUCCACACGAUCUUCAUGUCUCUGACUGUUUGAACGAAUUAUGUCCUGGUGACCACAUUGAGAUACAGUGGAGAAAAAACAAAGAUUUUCCUUACGGUUGGUGGUAUGGAGUUGUAGGUCACUUGGAAACAUGUGAUGGAGAUGCUAAUCACUGCAGCUGCCAUUAUAGUGACACUGUGGUAUUGGAGUUCAAUCAAUACACCCCCGGUUCGAGAUGGAGACUCGCGAUCAUUGACCGAAAAGACCAUCGAGAGGAAGGCAACGAAGUUGAUGGGUUCUACGGAGGAAUCAGAAAGCUUUAUUCCGAAGAAGAAAUUUCAAUGUGGAAACAACUUUGGCCUACAGAUGUCUUGGAAUAGGUAGGUACUUGAGAGAUAAAGUCUAGGGAGCUGGGUGGUUCUUUAUAGUUUAUACCUCUUGAACUUGAAGGAAGCCUAUGCUUCUUCCAUUUGUAUAAACUAAUUAUUCUGUUUCCAUGAUAUGAAAAGUGAUUUUUAGAAACAGCAAAAA